AUGGAUCCAUCCUCAAAACCAACAGACCAAGGCGUCGACCUCGCCGCCCACCCAAACGCCAAGAAACUGGUCGAACGAGCCUCCGAGUUCCUCCAGCAGAUGGAGAACCUGACACCAGGCAAAGACCUCGAAGCCCGCCUCAACCGCGACUACGGCCCAGGCAACGAGUACUACGAAGACUUCUGCUCGCUUAUCCGCUCUGGCCUCAAGAACAAUGAAGGCUGGUGCGCCACCAUCGAAAUGGACGGCCCCAAAUACCGCCGCUCCAAAAUCUCCCUCCCGACCCCGCAAACCCGCUACUUUUCCAUCACCACCGUCUACAUGGAGUCCCAAGACGAAUACUCAGGCCAAUACCACCAGCACCCCUAUGGCGAGAUCAACUGCGUCAUCCAGCUCGAUCCCGAGGCCGAGCUGAAAGGUAUGCAGGGGUGGCAGGCAGCCGGAUGGACAAGUCCGGGGCCGGGGACGCAUCACUAUCCUCAGGUGAGGAAGGGGGCGCUGGUGGCGUUGUUCUUUUUACCGGCGGGGAGGAUUAGUUAUGAGGCGAAGCCGGGGAUGCCGCAGCCGAUUGCGGUGUGA